GUUCAAACACCUUAGGAGUAUUUGUGAUUGGGUUUGGGUUCAUUCAAGAGUGAUAAAUAAAACAAUAUAAUUGGAAAAAUAAUUUUAUUCUGCACCUCUACUUUUGGCUCAAAAGUUUUGACUUGUGCUUGUUGUUUGUGAUGGUACACAAAAUUAUGUGAAAUGUUAAGGGAUAAUUUUAAUCGUGAAGAAAAAUAGAGAAAUCGGAGUAGCCUUUGGAAUGGCCGAAGAAUCAGGUGAAGAGUUGUCAAAGGUGGAGAAGCAAAGAAUUGAAAGAAACCGCCAAAAAGCAAUCAUUCUUAGAAAAACCAAACUUGUACCUCAUCCGUACGCUAAAGAGCACCUCUACUCCCAAGACACGACAACUAUAAAAAUUGGCACCACAAAAUACAAAGACACUGGCGGUGGAUUUUUGUUAGAAGAAAACACCUAUAAUGAACCUUUGGAAAUUGUACCUGAUGAAGCACCAAUUGUUGAACCAGAUAGGCCUAACUGUGUUAACUGCAACAAACCUAUAGGCACAUCAUGGUUAUUUGAAAAAUUUUCAUUCAAUUGCUGUGACUCGUGCAAGGAUCCAGAAAUCCAUAAGCUAAUAACAAAGACAGAAGCAAAAGAGUCAUACUUACUCAAGGAUUGUGAUUUUGAUAAGAGAGAGCCACCGUUGAAAUAUAUACAACAGAAGAACCCUCAUAACCAUAGAUGGGGUGAUAUGAAACUGUACUUACAGAUACAGGUAGAAGAACGUGCCUUGGAAAUCUGGGGCAGUGAAGAUGAUCUGGAAAGAGAGAAAGAACGUAGAGAAGAAAAACGGGUAGCGGCCAAAUCCAAAAGGUAUGAGAAAAAGUUGAAAGAGCUGAGAAAAGAAAUGCGCAGUAGCCUGUAUGACCGUACUAAAGGAGGACCUCACACUCAUCAAUUUGGUCCUGAAACAUAUAAUGAGGAAGAGGACACUUAUCACAGAAAAUGUACUACUUGUCCCUAUGAGGAAACCUUUGAGAAAAUGUAAAUCUAGUUUUUUAUUGUUUUUUUGAUCUGUAUUUUUAAGAAAUUAAAACACCUCUCUUAGCUCCUUUUUUUUAAAUUCAUUAUGACAGUAUCACCAAUCGAAUUACUUGAUCUGGUUUGAAACACUGUCAACGUCUACUGGCGAGAAAGUAAUUUAUUCACUUGACUUACCUGGGAAAUAUAAUAAUAGUCGUGUAGUUUUGGUAAUAAAAAACGUUAAUUUAUGAA